UGUUGACUUUUUCAGUUUUGUGUGAAUGGCACGUCCAUAGGCAUUAUUAUAGUACAGGGCAUGGGUAAUAUUUUGUUCAAGCAUCAAUAGUUAGUUCUACACCUGAUUUCCGGCAGUGCUCUGGCCUGGAGCUAUUUGUAUCAUUGACAUUUAGAUCAAAGAAGACGAAACACCCUUCGAUUGUCUAACGCUUAGACGAGGAUUGUCAGCUACCCAAAAUGGCUUCCGAGGCUGCUCCAUCGCAUGCUGACUUGGUGAAGAUCGCCGAAAACGUCCAGGGCAGAACCAAGUAUCGUCCUACCAUUGGUAUCAUCUGCGGUUCGGGGCUGGGUGGUCUGGCGGAUCAGGUUUCGGAGGCUGAGACAUUCGACUACAAGGACAUCCCCGGCUUCCCAUCCAGUACAGUGCAAGGUCAUGCCGGCAAGCUUGUGUUUGGCAUGCUGAGUGGUCAGCAGUGUGUGUGUAUGAAGGGUCGAUUCCAUCCCUACGAAGGCUACCCUCUGUGGAAGGUUAUUUUGCCCGUGCGUGUUCUUCACUUGCUGGGUGUGAAAACGUUGAUCGUGACCAAUGCUGCGGGUGGCCUGAACACGGCGUUCAACAUUGGUGACAUCAUGAUUAUCAACGAUCAUAUCGACAUCGGGUCUCUGGCUGGGAACAAUGCGCUUGUUGGACCCCACGAAGAACAGUAUGGUGUACGGUUUGUCAGCAUGCAAAAUGCUUACGACAAGGAUCUGCGUGGCCUUGCUCAAUCCGUGGUCCAAUCUCUCGGGAUGGUGGAUUUUGUUCGCGAAGGCGUGUACGUCAAAGUUGGCGGUCCGUCGUAUGAAACUCCUGCUGAAUCGCGCCUCCUUCGGCUGCUGGGAGCUGAUGCUGUGGGUAUGAGUACUACGCCGGAGGUCAUCGCUGCACGGCAGUGCGGUGUGCGAGUCCUGGGCAUUUCUCUCGUCACCAACAUCGUCAUCACCGACACCAACUUGACGGGCGUCGGACCCACCCACGAGGAAGUGCUGGAGACGGGCCGGCGUCGCGCCAAGGACAUGGAGAACCUUGUCAAGUCGUUUGUCGCCAAGCUUCAGUAAUGGCCAUCGUGUAUUAUAAUACUGAAGUCGAGCUGUUGCAGCAGCAGCACUUGUAGCUCUAGGGCCGAUAGACCCCUGAACAUACCUCCACUCAAUAGUCAGCUUGUCUCCUGCAUUUAUACCUUCAGCAAUAGAGCUGGUCAGCUUAUCUCCUGCAUGUAGCAAACAUUUGGAAAAAAAUCAAAAAGUGUAUUGCACAGGCAGUAUCGGUACCCUGUCUGAACGCCAGGAAAUAACUUCCUGCACUGGAAUGUUUUUUUAGUCUUAGAUUUUCUCACUUGCCACCCUUAACCUUUUACUCAAACACUGGCGUCUCCGUCAAUUUUUAUUAUAGUCUAGUUUGGUUAAUUUCAGGGUGCCCGGUUCAUUUUACCUUUAUGCCAGUAUUUGCAGUUUGUGUACUGUAUUUCCUUUUUUAGGUUUUAAAAAUGUUCAAAAAUUUGUCAAAGGACUGUUUGUUAUGUAUAGAAUAUGCACCUUUUUGUUGCAAAAAUCGAAAAAAGUUGAUUUAGGGAUAUUUCUUAUUCAAAACUUCAAAAUUGCAGUGCACUGGCGCCAUGGCUGGCUCUGAAUUAUGCACAUUGCUCUUUUCUUUCUUGUUGCUUGUUUUGUUUUAUUUGUACACUGUUGUUCUUCCCUUAGAAAUGUCGUGACUAACGUUGUGCCUGUUUGUGUGGUGAUACACACACCAUCCAUCCUGCAUUUGCAUACACUGCACAAUGGGAAGCGCCGUUGCGCUGGUUUAGUUCGCUCGCGAUUUGCUAUGCACAACCAUUUUCCACCAGCAAGCGGUUGCGAUUGGAGUCCAUUUCAAUUUCA